ACGUCGUCGCUGAAUGGUCGACCGAAGUCAUGAACCGCCCUCAGCUGCAUCCCUCAUUGGUGAAGGCCCGUGAUUUGCAGCGUCGAUUCGCGAGCCAGGCCAUGAUGAAGCGGUGAUCACCUCUUUUGUGUGACCCUCCAACCACUGAUUUUUCCCUCUCCCCAACGGCAACUUUAAAGGACGAAGCAGUCUUAGCGCCUGGCUCCUCCUUCCUUCAAUUUACAGCCUACCACAUCCGCCAGCACCAUGUCAACACCGAUCCCGCAACCCCCAGGCGUGCCCCUGCUGGGCAAUAUCUUUGAUGUCAACCCGAACAACACGUGGUGGUCGCUCAAGACACUUGCCGAGAAGUACGGCGAAAUCUUCCAGAUCAAUGCGCUGGGACACCGCAUUGUAUUUAUAGCCAGCGCCGCGUUGGCCGGCGAAAUCUGCGACGAGAAGAGGUUUCGCAAAUACGUUGGCGGGCCCAUUGAGGAGAUCCGCUACGCUGUUCAUGACUCCCUGUUCACCGCCUACCAUCACGAGGAGAGCUGGGGCGUUGCCCAUCGCAUCAUCGCGCCCCAGCUCAGCCCAGAGGCGGUUGCCAACCACUUCGACGAAUUCCUCCAGUGUACCGACGAGCUGAUUUCGAAAUGGCAUGGCCUCGGCCCCGACGCCCGCAUCCGGCCCCUCGACCAGCUUAACCGGCUCAAUCUUGAGGUCACUACACUCACCUUUUUUGGCAAGAAGCUCAAUUGCCUCGACGGACCGGAACACUCCAUGAUCCGGGCCAUGGAGGACUCGACGUCGGAAGCCAUUAAGCGCCCUACCAGGCCGAAGCUGCUCAACUGGCUGGUGCACGGCGGCAAGUUUAAGAGGGCCACCAAGACAAUGCGAUCAUUCGCCGCCGAAUUAGUCAAAGAGCGCCAGCAGAACCCGUCCGACCGGCGCGACCUCCUCUGGACGCUGCUGAACGCAAAGGACCCCGAGACCGGCAAGGGGCUGACCGAGGCGCAAGUCAUCGACGAGAUCGUGACCAUGCCCAUCGGCAGCAGCACGGCACCCUGCGCCAUCGCGGCGGGGAUCCUCUUCCUCUUACAGAACCCGGACGCGGUGGUCAAGGCCCGAGACGAGAUCGAUGCCGUGGUCGGCGACGGCCCCUUCCGGCAGGACCACGUCUCGCAGCUGCCGUACGUCGCGGGCCUCGUCCGCGAGACGCUGCGCCUGUCGUGCGCCGCCCCGGGCUUCAACAUCGAGCCCAUCCCCAAGCCCGGAGACGAGUCGCCCGUGCUGCUGGCGGGGGGCAAGUACCAGAUUCCGCACAACCAAGCCAUGAUUAUCGUGCUGGCCGGGGUCAAUAGGGAUCCGGCUGUGUUUGAGGACCCGCUCGCCUUCCGGCCCGAGCGCAUGAUGGGUGACAGGUUUGAGCAGCUGCCGGCCGCGGUCAAGAAGUGGUUUGGUAAUGGGAAGCGGGAGUGCAUCGGCAAGCACUGGGCGUGGGAGUUUUUGGUGGUGGUCAUGGCCAAGCUGAUCCGGGAGGUCGACUUUGAGGCGGUGGAUCCGAAGUACAAGCUGAAGCAGGAUGGCUGGUUCAAUAUCCGACCCAUCGACUUCUUUGUAAAGGUGAAGCCGAGAGCCCGGUGAGGUAGGGUUUGCCUGGGAUGAUGGCGGCGAUCAUUUAUGACGUGAGAAUUGAUGAUGAGAUUGAUGGAUGGGAGAGCUUGCUGCUAACCGAGAAGAUGGAAUUGUUGGAACCUGCAGGGCGACGACCGCUAAGAUAUGCGCUGGAAGAAGCUAUUCCCAGUCAAAGCAGUGGAUUGAAUUUUUAAGGUGGUAAAAGUGAUUGAUUGACCAUGCUGUUGAUGGGCAUGGGAGAGGACUAAGUAUGUAAGGAAGAGGGGUUGCGGUGCUGGCACCAAUCAACCACCGAGGUCCGUUGAAUGCAGCCAUCAAGGC